AUGGUAAUAAGCAUUCUAUCAAAUUAUAAAUGCUAAUAACCAUUCUAUUAAAUUAUAAAUGGUUUAGAUUUUAAGAGUCAUGCUAAGAUUUAAGACAGAAAAAUUUCCUAUUCAUCAGUAAAUAAGAGUUGAGAUAAUGAAAUGAUAAAUUAUUGAAUAGAUUUUGUAUCUUCAUAAAAAAAUGGAUGGAAAUUUGCUUAAUUAUAUUAAGGAAAUGAAGAAGUUGUUCUUCUACAUAUCAAAUUUAUUUCUGAGUCAUUACAAAAGAAUAUUAAAUCAAAGGAACUUCCUAAAUAAUAACUAUUGUAUGAAUAAUUUAAAUUACCCUUCCCUAAAAAAAGAAAUGGAGAUAAGAGAGAGGAGUAAAUUGAUAAUGUUAAAGAAGAGGGGAUGAGAGAAGUCAUGGAGAAUAGAGGAUGUUGA